AUGCCCAAUACCCACAAAUGUUCAAUAGCACUGACACUUUCCUUUUUCAGCAGAAUUCCAAAAAGAUUUAAAAUAUUAUUGGGUGGACAUGCAAUUUACUCUGGAUUACCACAUAAUGUUGUUAGUAUUAGUAUACAUCCAUUAUAUCAAAUAGUGCAUAGUGCUUAUGAUGUUGCUUUAUUAAGAAUAUCUCCAUUAGCAAUUUUUACUGAUUCUAUUUGGCCUAUUUGUUUGCCAUCAAAACCUCCAAAAAAUAAUGGAAUGUGUGUUGUAACUGGUUGGGGAAGGUUAAAAGAAGGCGGUGAACGGCCAUUAACUUUAAGAGAAAUUCAUGUACCAAUACUUUCAACAGCUACUUGUAAUAAUUUUAGACAUUAUUCUGGUAGAAUGCACACAACAUCAAUGAUUUGUGCAGGUUUUAAUAAUGGAAGAAUAGAUUCGUGUCAGGGGGAUAGUGGAGGUCCUUUACAAUGCCAAAAUAAAAAAGGAGUUUGGGAAUUACAAGUAAUAUGCGAUAAAAAUAUUUUUCAAAUAAAAAUUUUAAAGGGAGUUGUUAGUUGGGGUAUUGGAUGUGCACAACCAAAAUUUCCAGGAGUUUAUACAAAAAUUUAUGCAAUGAAACCAUGGAUUCGAACAGAAAUGAAUAAAUUACGUCCAAAAAAGAAUUAG